GACACAAAAUCAAAUCUUUUUUUAAUCAAAUCAUAUAUAUCCCGUUGCUGUUCCCUGUUUCCUUCGAAUAUCUUUUUCACUCUCCUUGAUAUAUAUACUGUUAUAAUUCUUUUUACAGUCUUUGUUUCCAUUUUGACUGAUCGAUCUUCUUUCCCUGUUAUUCAUCAUUUUCUUUCCCUUCAAAAAAAAAAAAUUGACUUGUUUUUAGGAAAAAACCAGUAGCGAGACAACAAUGGUUGAUAAGUACAAUAUUGAAUCAGCUGAAACAUUGGCCAAUCAAGCUCAGGGUUUGCCCAUUGCAGAGGCCACACCGAUAUACGAGCAGCUUCUUCAAUUGUUUCCAACAGCGGCUAAGUUUUGGAAACAGUAUGUGGAGGCACACAUGGCUGUAAAUAAUGACGAUGCUAUCAAACAGAUUUUUAGUAGGUGUUUGUUGAAUUGUCUUCAAGUUCCUCUCUGGCGGUGUUACAUUCGUUUUAUUAGAAAGGUUAAUGACAAGAAGGGGGCAGAGGGUCAAGAAGAGACGAGAAAAGCUUUUGAUUUUAUGCUCAACUAUGUCGGAACGGACAUAGCUUCUGGCCCUGUGUGGAUGGAGUACAUAUCCUUUCUAAAAUCAUUGCCGGCUGGACAUGCACAAGAAGAAUCACAUCGGAUGACUGUUGUGAGGAAAGUCUAUCAGAGGGCUAUUAUUACUCCUACCCAUCAUAUUGAACAACUUUGGAAAGACUAUGAAAAUUUCGAGAAUUCUGUUAGCCGUCAGUUGGCUAAAGGACUGAUAUCCGAAUAUCAACCACAAUAUAACAGUGCAAGAGCAGUUUAUAGGGAACGGAAGAAGUAUUUUGAUGAAAUUGAUUGGAAUAUGCUUGCUGUACCACCAACUGGAUCCCAGAAGGAAGAAAUGCAGUGGAUGGCAUGGAAGAGACUUCUAACUUUUGAAAAAGGAAAUCCACAGAGAAUAGACACUGCUUCCUCCAACAAACGAGUUAUAUUUACGUAUGAGCAGUGUCUGAUGUAUAUGUACCAUUAUCCUGAUAUAUGGUAUGACUAUGCAACAUGGCAUGCUAAAAGUGGUUCGAUAGAUGCUGCAAUCAAAGUAUUUCAAAGGUCUUUGAAGGCUCUUCCUGAUUCAGAAAUGCUACGAUAUGCUUAUGCAGAGCUAGAGGAAUCUCGUGGGGCAAUCCAGGCUGCAAAGAAAAUACAUGAAAACCUUUUGGGAGAUGGUGACAAUGCAACUGCACUUGCACAUAUUCAAUUCAUUCGUUUUCUAAGAAGAACUGAAGGUGUUGAAGCUGCUAGGAAAUACUUUCUGGAUGCUCGCAAAUCCCCAACUUGUACAUAUCAUGUUUACGUGGCUUACGCGUCAGUGGCCUUUUGUCUUGACAAGGAUCCCAAGAUGGCUCAUAAUGUUUUUGAAGCAGGAUUAAAACGCUUCAUGCAUGAACCUGUUUAUAUUCUUGAAUAUGCUGAUUUCUUGACACGUUUGAAUGAUGAUCAAAAUAUCCGUGCUUUAUUCGAGAGGGCAUUGAGUUCACUUCCUCUAGAGGAUUCUGUUGAGGUUUGGAAAAGGUUCGUUAAAUUUGAGCAAACUUACGGAGAUCUUGCUAGCAUGCUUAAGGUUGAGCAAAGAAGGAAAGAAGCAUUUGGUGAAGAUGCAACAGCAGCAUCAGAGAGUUCUUUGCAAGAUGUUGUAUCACGGUAUAGUUUCAUGGAUCUAUGGCCGUGCGCUUCAAAUGAUCUUGAUAAUUUAUCCCGGCAAGAGUGGCUUACCAAAAAUAUGAAUAAGAAAGUGGAGAAGUGUAUUAUGCUUAACGGAACGGCUCUAAUAGAUAAAGGAUCUAUUCCAAGCAUUUCAACUGUGCCAUCAAAGGUUGUCUAUCCUGACACUUCUAAGAUGUUAAUAUAUGAUCCAAAGCAUAAUCCCGGAACAGGUGCUGUAACAAGUGGUGGAACAAAUGCAUUCGAUGAAAUUCUUAAAGCUACACCACCUGCUGUGGUAGCAUUUUUAGCAAACCUACCUGCAGUUGACGGUCCGACACCAAAUGUGGAUAUCGUGCUUUCGAUUUGUUUGCAGAGCGACUUUCCAACAGGUCAAAGUGGUAAAGCAGGGAUUCCAUCACAAUUGCCGGGAGGUCCUGCUCCCGCUACAAGUGACCUUUCUGGUUCAAGCAAGUCUCACCCCGUUCAAAGUGGCUUAGCUAAUAAACCAACUGGUAGAAAGCAAUAUGGGAAAAGAAAAGAAUUAGACAGGCAAGAGGAUGAUGAUACUACGACUGUCCAAAGCCAACCACUUCCUCAAGAUGCUUUUCGGAUACGACAAUACCAGAAAGCUCGAGCCACAAGCACAUCACAAACAGGAUCAGUUUCAUACGGAAGUGCUCUUUCUGGCGAUUUAUCCGGCAGCACCGGUUGAUAUAAUAUUUCAAAUCACUCCCCCCUUACCUAUGUAAAUUAAGAAAAAAGAAAAACCUUUCUUUCAUCCAGUUUAUAGAUAAUUUAAGUAAUUCAUUUGCAAAUAGCAGGGCAAUGAAUUAUUGGCUGUAGCAACAAUGUAUGAUGUAGUUAAAUGGUCAAGAAUAUGUAAAAAUGAAUCCAAAUCUGAUGUUGUAUUUUCCUGUCCCUCUAAUUGAAAAUGAAACCUCACUGAGCUUAUUUUUUCCUA